UCACAUUUCCAAUCUCGACUGACAAGCAGAACCCAAACCAGCCAUUCGUACCGAAAGCACAGCCAUACAGUCAGGUCGCUGAUAUUUCCUCCGCCACCGUACCCCGAGAGUCUCCGAGCCGACCUUGAUCAGCGACUAGCUCCCGACUCCUGGGCGACUACCAUGACCAUAGGACUAGUCUGGAUGGUGGCCGCGGCCGUGGCGGCGGUGCUGGCGUCGUGGGCGUUCAACGCGCUCGUGUACCUCGUGUUGCGGCCGCGCGCCAUCACCAGGCAGCUCCGCGCGCAGGGCGUCGGCGGGCCGGGCUACAAGUUCUUCGCCGGCAACCUCGCCGAGAUCAAGCAGCUCCGCGCGGACGUCGCCGGCGCGGCCCUGGACGUCGGCUCCCACGACUUCGUCCCCUUGGUGCAGCCCCACUUCCGCAAAUGGAUCCCCAUCCACGGCCGCACGUUCCUGUACUGGUUCGGCGCGAGGCCGACGCUGUGCGUCGCCGACGUGAACGUGGUGAAGCAGGUGCUCUUCGACCGCAACGGCCUCUACCCCAAGAACAUCGGCAACCCGCACAUCGCACGCCUCCUCGGCAACGGCCUCGUGCUCACCGACGGCGACGACUGGAAACGCCACCGCAAGGUCGUCUACCCCGCAUUCAACAUGGACAAGCUCAAGAUGAUGACGGUGACCAUGUCCGACUGUGCUGGGUCAAUGAUGUCAGAGUGGAAGGCGAAACUGGAGAAGGGCGGCGAGGUGGAGAUCGAGCUGAGCAGCCAGUUUGAGGAGCUCACCGCGGAUGUCAUCUCCCACACGGCGUUCGGGAGCAGCUACACGGAGGGGAAGAAGGUCUUCCUCGCGCAGAGGGAGCUUCAGUUUCUUGCCUUCUCCACCGUGUUCAACGUCCAAAUUCCAGGAUUUAGGUACCUUCCAACCAAAAAGAACCUGAAGAUAUCCAAGCUCGAUAAGGAGGUGAGGACAAUGCUCAUGAACAUCAUCAAGAGCCGCCUGGCCGCCAAAGACACCAUGGGCUACGGACACGACCUGCUCGGGCUUAUGCUCGAGGCCCGCGCGCCGGAGCACGGGGAGAACCCGAUUCUGAGCAUGGACGAGAUCAUCGACGAGUGCAAGACCUUCUUCUUCGCCGGGCACGACACCAGCUCGCACCUGCUCACCUGGACCAUGUUCCUGCUGAGCACGCACCCGGAGUGGCAGGAUAAGCUCAGGGAGGAGGUGCUGAGGGAGUGCGGCAACGAGGUUCCCACCGGCGACAUGCUCAACAAACUCAAGCUCGUCAACAUGUUCCUACUGGAAACUCUCAGGUUAUACGCCCCUGUAGCGGUCAUCCAGAGGAAGGCUGGUUCGGAUCUCGAGGUCGGCGGCAUCAAGGUGCCCCAAGGCACGGUCCUGACGAUCCCCAUCGCGACGAUACAUCGUGACGAGGAGGUCUGGGGUGAGGAUGCCCAUGAGUUCAAGCCUUUGAGGUUUGAGAAAGGUGUCACCAUGGCUGCGAAGCACCCCAAUGCAUUGCUGUCUUUCUCCAGUGGGCCGAGGUCGUGCAUAGGGCAGAACUUCGCCAUGAUAGAAGCCAAGGCCGUGAUCGCCGUGAUUCUUCAGAGGUUCUCCUUCUCCCUCUCACCUAAGUACGUACAUGCCCCCAUGGACGUCAUCACGCUGCGGCCCAAGUUUGGGCUUCCCAUGAUCCUAAAGAGCCUGGAGAUGUAGAGAUAUGCAUAUAGUGUAUACUAGUGUUGAGUAGCAAGACGUCUUAAUUCUCUAGGGCUCAACUUAGCAGUAUUGUACACCAGCAGAUAUGUGAGUUAAUUUUUAAUCCUACAAUGUAUUCAUUUUGUAAUUAAAAAUUAUCGGAAU